UGCCGGAAAAAAACGAAGUAAAUUCUCCGUAUAGGUUAUGCGCCUCGGUCGGAUGAUGUUUUGCUAAAUCAACAUCUUUAAUUUCCAUUCGCUGUAUUCGAGAGUACGUUGCGCCUGAUACUCCAGGGGAAGAGGAUGUUUCUUGAAGGUCAACAGUUUUCUGUUAACAUAUCGACGAGAAUUUUUCGACUCGAUAGAGAAGAGAAACGCGGAAGGUGACGUUUGUGACGUCACAAGAGGAGCGCGUAACGCGAGCGGGGUGAGAUCGAGUAAGAGCGGCAAGGAUUUCGUUUGUCCAGAAGAAACUUCUCGCUCGCACGGACAACGAUGUCCUUUCUUCGCGGAUCCGUUAAUUACGUCUGGUGCACGACCAGCGUGCUCGGCAAGGGCGCGACCGGUGCCGUUUUCCAAGGUGUCAACAAGAACAACGGGGAACCGGUCGCAGUGAAAACCUUCAAUCAGCUGAGUCACAUGCGCCCGCACGACGUGCAGGUGAGGGAGUUCGAGGUGCUGAAGAAGGUCAAGCACGAGAACAUCGUCAAGCUGCUGGCGAUCGAGGAGGAGCAGGAUGGCAGAGGAAAGGUAAUCGUCAUGGAGCUCUGCACCGGUGGCAGCCUCUUCAACAUCCUCGAUGAUCCGGAGAACACUUAUGGCCUCGCGGAGAACGAGUUUCUGCUGGUACUGGAACACCUAUCGGCUGGCAUGAAGCAUCUGCGCGACAAUAAUCUGGUUCACCGAGAUUUGAAACCAGGUAAUAUAAUGAAAUUCAUUGCUGACGACGGCAGUACGAUAUACAAGCUUACUGAUUUCGGAGCCGCUCGGGAAUUGCAGGAAGAUCAGCAGUUUGUUUCGCUGUAUGGCACUGAAGAGUACCUGCAUCCAGAUAUGUACGAGCGCGCGGUCCUAAGGAAACCUGUCGGCAAGACUUUCGGCGCGACCGUCGAUUUGUGGUCCAUAGGCGUGACUCUCUAUCACGUCGCAACAGGUAAUUUGCCGUUCAGGCCGUUCGGCGGGCGGAGGAAUAAAGAAACGAUGUUCUACAUCACCACGAAGAAAGCGUCGGGCGUGAUAUCCGGGCUACAGACUUCGGAGAACGGACCGAUCGAGUGGAGCAGAGAGCUGCCGCAGGCCUGCCAGCUGAGCGCAGGUUUGAAGAAGAUAGUGACUCCGCUAUUGGCCGGUUUACUGGAAGUGGAUCCACAAAGAAUCUGGAGCUUUGAGCGAUUCUUUUGCGAGGUCACAGACACGCUUUGCAGAAAGCCUAUUCACAUAUUCAACAUUCAUAGAGCCAGUUUGAUCAAGGUCUUCUUACAUCCGGAAGAGAAAUUAGUCGCUUUGCAGAUACAUAUUCAGGAUCAGACCGAGAUCAUGCCACACGCGCAGAUUUUACUUCUCGGGGAAAUUCCACUCACGAACCUUGUAGAAGAAUCUACGCCAGGCAAAGGAUAUCCCAGUACGAGUAACGACAAACCGUUGAUGCUAUUCUCACGAGAGAAUAAUAACGUCGUGUUACCGGUAGAGACCGAAUUGCCCAAAUUUCCCGUUUUUGCGAAUCUUGUUUCCGUGGAGAAUGACGCGAGUCAGGCCAAAGUCGCGUGUUCUGUAGGACAUGUCUGUAAACGUAGAAUCGACAAACUGGCCUUGUGCAGCAAACUAUCGCGAGACGCCAUAGACGCGUUCAGUGGCCUUCUAUCCACAGAGCUUUCUCGAGUACUGGCCAAAUGUCAGCACUCGAAGGAAUUCACAAAGGCGGUGGAGGAUACUGUACUGGCGAUAGAGAGAAGCGAGACUUUCGCCAGGCAUGUAUUCCGAAAGUUUGGUGGUCAGACUGCAGUGGAGGUGAAAAGCUGGCGGAAAGAAUUGGACGUGAAGAGUAAAGAGCUCACGAGUGAAUUGACUCCAGCAAUAGUGCAACUUCAUCAAAGAUAUGUAAAAGAGGGAAAUUUACGUGGAGAGUGGGACAACAGCACCCGCGGUUUGUGGUGCCCGUGGUCCACGAAAGCGAGCCAGAGAGCAGCGACGUUAGUCGAUCGUUUGAGGGACGGGUGGCAACAUUUGCUGAGAGACAGAGCCACUCGUAGUCUCACUUACAAUGACGAACAAUUCCACGUUCUUGAACGCAUUAAGGUCACAGAAACGGGACGUCGAUUGAAAGCGCUUCUCGAAACAGAGUGCGCACCGGCGAUAACGCAGCGAUCCGAAUGCGUCGCCGAUUGGUACAAAAUGGCACAAACGGUGUUCCUGCAGACUCAGAUAUUGGACAAGGAUAUAGACAGUUACGAACGCGUACUAGAAUCGUUCUCAUAUCGUUUGUCACAGGAGAGCAAGGAGCGUAACGAGAAUCUCUUGCACUCGCUGGACAGGCUUCCCGGUAAAUCGAAGACAAUUGAAAAAACGAGUGUGCCAGUACAGGAAAGCACGAAAAAAUGGCGCAACAUCUGCGACACGCAGGAACAAAUCACAAUGGUUCUUUACGAAAAUAGUCUGCUUAUAGACCAACUUGAUCAUUUUGUUCUUGAUGAUGUAGAUGAUACAGGAUAUGAACUUUAACGCAACUGUUAUUUCUUUAUCUGGCAAUUUGAUGAGAUAAAGACUGAAAAUUUAAAUGUAUAUAUUAGAAAUUUGACAUAUCUGUAUGGAUUACUACUGUAUAAAUUACAAGGUUGGGAAAGUUAAACUGUAAAACUAACUAAUUACAAUUACAGUUUUUUCAUUGAAAAAGUAACGAAUUACAGUUACAAGUUACCAAUUUUGAAAAAUAACUCGUUACAGUUAAAAAAUAACGAGUCGUUACUUUUCAGUUACUUUUUUUUAAAUAAUUGUACAUUAUUUUAGAUAUAAGAAAUAAGAAUCUUACAUUUUAUGCGUUACUAACUGUUGUAUAUUAUGUGCUUUAACAAGUUAUUUUAUGUACACUGAGAACUUUGUAAAGGUAAAAGUCUAAAUCAUGUUACUGUUCUUAGAAUUAAAUAAAAUAUAACGCAACAUUGGCUGUCA